UUAUUAUCAGAAGAUCUUCUCGUAUAAUAAACAAUUAACAUUUUUCAAUGUAAUAAUAAUGAUUAUUUUAUGGAGCACAUAAAAUUCUGAGAAAAAUUGUCUACCGUUCACGGUAUCAUGUGGUUAGCUGAUAUAAAUAAACAAGUUUACCAUGUGAGAACGGCAGGAGAGGUUAGGAUGUCAAAUAAAACAGUCCAUCUACCGCAACAAAGGUUAUGGUUCUAAUAAUUAUUGAAUUCAACUACAAUUAAAUAAACUCCAAAAUAUUGAAUUUCAGCAUGGAAAUGUAUUAAUAAUAAUUUAUACUUCGAUUGCAUGAAAUUAAUUAUCAUAUGUAUUAAUCAUGUUGCGAAGAAUUAUUCAAAAUAAAAAAACGUUGGACACUAUAUGUUCAAGAUCAAUCAAGAGUUCUGCUGUUUUGCAGGAAGAGCAUAAGGUAAAUCAGAAAUACACUUAUACCUAUGAUAACAAAAAAGAACCUGAUGGUUAUUGGACUUCACCAGUGGAGCCAGAAGAUGCAUAUGACAGAGCAUUCCGAGUGCUGGGUAAGCAAUUCCGAACGAUUAGAAACAACGUAUUUUUUUGGAAACGACCAUAUCGUUCACCGUGGAAAGAAUUGGAAGCCGAUUCAGUAUCAUUUCCUUCUCAUAUUGAUGUGCUUAUUAUUGGAGGUGGUAUAAUGGGCUGUUCUGCAGCAUACUGGCUAAAAAAAGUGGGCGGUGAUAAUUGGAGUGUUGUUGUUGUUGACAGAAAACCUAUGAAUCUAUCAAGGCCAAUGCUUAUCUCUUCUAACAAUUUACGACAGCAAUUUGGUUUAAUCGAAAAUAUAGAAAUGUCACAAUUUGCCGCCGACUUUUUUAAAAAUAUUAAUUAUCAUUUACGUGUCAGAGGACAGCCUCGAAUAGACAUUGGUUAUCGUCCGCAUGGAAAUUUAUUUCUUACUCGUAAUGAAGAGGAAGCUGAAGCGUUAGAAAAGAGUGUACAAAUUAUGAAUAAUGCUGGAACUAAAGUUGCUUUAUUAUCUCAAGAUGUACUAAAGAAAAGAUUUCCAUGGUUAAAUACAGAUGGAAUUGUUCUAGGAACUUUAGGUCUUGAAUUAGAAGGAUCAUUUGAUCCAUGGGCAUUAUUAAAUGCUUAUAAAACAAAAGCUCUUGAUUUAGGUGUUGAAUUUGUAACAGCGGAAUUAAAAGGUUUUAUCAUUAGUUCUACAGAUAAUGAAUUUAUCUCAUCACCAUCAACCUCGACCAUCAAUUUAAACCUAAAUCUUAAUCAUGCUUCUGUCCAAACUGUUUCUGGUGAACGUAAAGUAAUACAGUUUGCUAUGUGUGUGAUAGCUGCAGGGCAUGAGAGCAGUGAUGUUGCUAAACUUAUGAAAAUUGGAAAUACUACGGGAAUUAGAUCUGUUCCAUUACCAAUACAGAAAAGGAAACGAUUUUUAUAUGGGUUCGAAGCUUCAAAUGGACCUGGUCUUAACACUCCAAUGGUUAUGGACACUAGUGGAUGUUACUUCAAAAGAGAAACUCUUUCAAAUCACUACACAGCUGGACGAGUAUUACAAGAUGAAGAUGAAGAAUCGUACGAUGAAAAUCCAGAACCAAAUGAUGACUUUUUCUACAAUAAAAUACAUCCUACACUAGCGCAUCGUGUUCCAGCAUUUAAAGAUAUUAAAUUAAAACAAUCAUGGGCUAGUUUCUAUGAUUACAAUACAUUUGACGGAAAUGGAAUAGUUGGAGUACAUCCGUAUUAUAAUCAUAUUUUUUUUGCAACUGGAUUUGGAGAACACGCACCUCAAAUGUCACCUGCUGUUGGACGAAGUUUAUGUGAAGUCAUGAAAAAUGGAGCUUUCACUUCAAUAAAUCUUAAUAGAUUAUGCUUUGAUAGAUUCAUAACACAGGAAUAUAUGACUGCCGCUGUGCUUUAAUCGAAAAAAAUUAUACUUUUAUUAAUCUCAAGUUUAGAAUAGUUAAUAAAUAACACUUCAUUUAAAUGACACUAAAAAAAGAACGUAGUGAAAUUUUUAUUUAGCUGUAAAUAUUUUCAUUUGAAUUGUUGAGGCGGUGGUCCAAAAAUACUUCCACUUUGUUUACUAGCUGUUCUUGAUGGAGCAAAUCCUAGCAAUUUUUGAAUGUUCUGUAAGAAAAUAUUAUAUGUAUAAUAUUUUACAAAUUUAUUAAUUAAAUAAAUAGUUAAUAAUAAAGAAA